AUGGAAGAUAUGGAAUCGAAUUCCAGCAAUGCUGAUGAGAAUCCAUGGCCACAUUUGACUGAGACUACUACGGAUAAUGGCAGUAACUUUGUAAAGGCAUUUGUGCAAUUCGGCUCGGAGAUCGACAUACUUCCAGAGUUGCCAUCGUGUGAUUUAGAGUCUGAGUCUGACCCUGAUAUUGCCAAUCUUUUAAAUCCAAACUCAGAAGAAAAUGAUGACUUAGAAUUUAUUUCAGUAGAAAACAUACUGAAUGCUCCUGAUCGUCUCCAGUGCAAUGAAAUCAAUGAACAGAUAUUAGAAAACUUUAAUACUUUGCCAGUUCACAUGAGAUGUGCUGCACAUACGUUCAAUUUGGUCGCUAGCAAAGAUGCAGAUGCUGCUCUACACAUAACUGUUUUCAAAACUCCCUACAGAAGUGCCUUAGCCAAGGCACGUACUCUCUGGAAUCAGCAAUCACGUAGCACGGUAGCAGCAGAUAUCAUUCACGCUGAAUUAAGCAGACGACUUGUCCUUCCAAAUUCGACGAGGUGGAACUCUCUUUAUGAUGCUAUUGUCGUUCUCAACGCUAUAUUGGAAACAAAAAGGCCUUCUCUUCACAGAGUUAUGACUCAACUAAAAAUUGUAACUUUCAAUGACCAAGAUGUGACUGUAAUGAAGGAGUACGCAAAGGUUAUGGCCCCUGUCGCGAAUGCCCUGGAUCGUAUCCAAGGAGAAGCUCAAGCUUAUCUCGGAUCACUAUUACCGACGAUUGCAGCAACUGUCUAUAAAUUAAAAAAUAUUAAAUCUAAGGGCCUAGUAAAUUGCACAGCUUUAGCCAAUGCCUUAUUAAAUGGCAUAGAGAAAAGAUUUGGACCACUCCUGAAUGAUGAACAGUGCCAACUUGCCGCGGCAUUUCACCCAAAGUUCCGGUUGAUAUGGCUGGAAACGUAUGACAGCAGUAGAGUGGAUGCAGUAAGAAAGUGCAUGGAAAAAAGGGUAGAAGAUGCCUUACGGCAAGAAGCAGCGGAAAACUCGAAGGACAGAGAUAGUUUAAGUGGCGGAGGGAGCAAUGUGAGUAACAACGAUGAUGACGAGGAGGAAGACUUUUUCAAUUCUGUCACUCAGUCUAUAGAAAAACCAAAGAGCUCCAACUCUUUAAAGAAUAAAGCGCAAAGUCUCGUUAAAAUGUGGCUGGACAUGAAAUCAAAAGACUCGUUCAACGAUGCUGCAUUCCUCGGGGAACAAAUAUUCAUAAAUCUAUUUAUUAAAUACAAUACUGCUAUACCCUCAAGCGCUGCAGUUGAACGUUUAUUUUCCACGGGUAAAGACAUUUUGACACCAAAAAGAGCCUCGCUUUCAGACGAGAACUUCAACAUGUUAAUGUUCAUGAAGGGGAAUAUGCACCUUAUGCCCGACGAUUAA